AAAAAAGAUCGCAUGCCAACGCAUCUUAGCCAAGCCAGAUCCUAUCCCACCACGUGUUUCCCGAAAAUUUCGUUACUAAAAAGAAACUUCCUCCCUCCUAAAAUCUCCCUCCAUUAUUUCUAUCUCGAUUCAGUUUCAUUUUAGAAAUAUUGGAGCCAAAAUCCAGAUCUCCCUCCAAUUUGUUCCUUAACAAAAACUUCAGAAGAGAAGAUAAAAAUAGAGCCUUUACCAUUUAGUUACGUUACUCUCUGAACUAAUCCAGUACCAAACAACACAGAUCGUUUGGAUUCUCAUUCUCUUUCUUUCUCUGAAGGUUUUUACUUUUUUAAUCACGAAAUUCAUCAAUUUCAUUCUCUGUAUUUUUUUGUUCUUCAGCUUAUUGAUUUUUUUCUUCAAAAUUCGUAUAAAAGUUGGGUCUUUUCUGAACUAGUUGUUAUAUGGGUUUCGUUGCUGAAUGGAACUGUAGAAACUAAGGUUUGGGAGAUUAGAAUUAGGGUUUUGCAAAAAGAAGAAGAAGAAGAAAAUGACUAGAUCCUGAAUGUUUUGCAGGUUUGCGACUUCUGACCUUGGAUUAGGGUUAUUGAAUUGCUGUUGAUUGGGAUUGUAAGAGGAGAAAAAAGGUUUUUGGGUUUAGUUUUAUUGAUUACAGAAAAUGAAUAUCAAAGGGAGUUCGGAGUCGGAAACACCGAGCUUGAAAAGGUGUAAAACUAAACAAGUAUCCCGUUCUUAUGAUAAUGGUAUUUGUGGUUAUAUUAAGAAACGGAAGGUGAAUGAAGAUGAUGAGUUUCAGCUGUUUGAAAAUGUUGUUGCUGAUGGAAUUUCGUUUGCAUUUGAACAAUCCUUUGGUGAUAAUGGCAGAAUCCCAGCAUCUUGGCAUACUGAAAAUUAUUGUCAUGGUGAGGGCGAAUUGAAGAAUCAAAAUGAUCACAUGAUAGAAAAUCGUGUGGAGCUUUACUUUUCACCCCUCGUGAGAACUUCUCGUGGUCGUGUUCAGGUACUUCCCUCACGUUUUAGUGAUUCUGCUCUCCAUCCUUGGAUGAAAGAGGAUAUGGGUACAAGUUAUUUGGAAUUAUCAGAUAUCAAUGUAGGGAUUUUAAAUACUCAUAAGAAAAGAAAAUACAAUAAGAAAAGCUGCAAAAUUUUGGAUAAAGAGAAUAGUUUCAGUUCUAGGGUUGUUUCUAAGUUUGAAGAAGUAAAGAUUGAAAGGGGAUGGGAUGAAAUCGAUUGUUUGGGAUCAAGGAUCAGCACUAGUAGUUCACUUACAUCAGUUUGUGAGCAGCUGGUGAUUGAUGAUAAAAAAACUUCAGUUACUGAAUUUGAAGAAAAGCCGAGAUGUGAAUAUCCAAAGAGCUUCAAAAAUGCAUCAAAGAAGAGCUCAAUUGGGAAGCGUAAGGAUUUUUAUCUGCUUGAAGACUUCGUUUUAGGUGCUUUAGUUUGGGCUAAAUGUGGGAAGAGGUAUCCUGCCUGGCCAGCUAUUGUUAUUGACCCAAUGUUGGAAGCUCCUGAAAGUGUUCUGAACUCCUGUGUUGCUGGAGCUAUCUGUGUCAUGUUCUUUGGAUACUCUGGGAAAAGAAAAGAAAGGGAUUACGCAUGGGUGAAACAUGGAAUGCUCUUUCAUUUCAUGGACUAUGUUGAUAGGUUUCAGGGACAGACACAGCUGCACAAGAGCAAGCCUAGUGACUUUCGGAUGGCUAUAGAGGAGGCUUUUUUGGUAGAUAACGGAUUUAGUGAGAUGUCAAUGGAAGGAGUGCACACGCCUAAUGAUCAAUCAAUUUGUCUCCAGUCUUUUCCUAGAGGGAUCAAACAAACAAUUGAUUCAAAUAAGGAUCAGGAGUGUCAUUCUCACGACCAGGCUUUGCGCCAGAAGAAACACAUACUUCCUUGUGAUGGAUGUGGCUUGAGCUUACCCUUUAAAUAUACAAAGAAAAGGAAGGGUUCAAUAUCCAAGAGGCAGGUCUUAUGUAAGCAUUGUACUAAGUUACAAAAAUCAAAGCAAUAUUGUGGAGUUUGCAAGAAAAUCUGGCACCAUUCAGAUGGUGGGAAUUGGGUUUGCUGCGAUGGAUGUGAGGUUUGGGUCCAUGCAGAAUGUGAUAACAUUUCCAGUGACCUUUUCGAGAAUCUGGCGAAUACUGACUAUUACUGCCCGGAUUGCAAAACGAGAUUUAAUUUUGACUUAUCAUCUUUUAAAAACUCACAGCCAAACAUUAGAUCAGAUGCAAACAGAGGACUUUAUGCGUUGCCCAAUAGGCUAGCUGUUGUCUGCAGUAACAUAGAGGGAAUAUAUUUUCCAAGCCUUCAUGUUGUUGUAUGUAAAUGUAGCUCAUGUGGAACGCAGAAGCAACAAUCACCUAGGGAGUGGGAGCGGCAUACAGGUUCCAAAAAUAAAAAUUGCAAGUCUACUAUAAUAGUGAAAGGAUCAACAAUACCACUAGAACAAUGGAUACUGCAGGUUUCAGAAUGUCUUGAACACGGUCUUGUUUCAACAAAAACUCCAAAGACACCUUCCUUGGAGCCAAGGCAACAAAAAUUGAUUGAUUUUUUUCAAGAGAAGUAUGAGCCAGUUGUUGCUAAGUGGACAACGGAACGAUGUGCUGUUUGUAGAGGGGUUGAAGAUUGGGAGGACAAUAAGAUAAUUAUCUGCAUCAGAUGUCAAAUAGCAGUCCAUCAAGAGUGCUAUGGGGCAAAACAUGUUCAGGAUUUUACGUCCUGGGUUUGCAGAGCAUGUGAGACACCUGAUGUCCAGAGGGAGUGUUGUCUUUGUCCUGUAAAAGGUGGUGCUUUGAAGCCAUGUGAGGUGAAUCCAUUGUGGGUUCAUGUUACUUGUGCUUGGUUCCAACCUGAAGUAUCUUUCUCAAGUGAUGAGACAAUGGAGCCAGCUGUUGGAAUCUUCAGCAUUCCAUCAAGUUCCUUUAGGAAGGUUUGUGUGAUCUGUAAUCAAGCACAUGGUUCGUGUCAACAGUGUUUCAAGUGUUCUACUUGUUAUCAUGCGAUGUGUGCAUCACGAGCGGGGUAUCAAAUGGAGUUCCACUGCUCGGAGAAAAACGGGAGACAAAUUACGAAGAUGGUCUCAUAUUGUGCUGUCCACAGAACCCCGAACCCAGAUAAUGUUUUAGCUGUAAAGAAUUCCGCAGGGAUUAUAUCCACAAAAGGAAUGCUCCAAGAUAAGAAUCGAACUGGUGCAAGACUUACUUCAUCUAGCAGAACCGUACUUUCUGAGGAUUUACAUAUAGAAAGUGAUCAAUAUAACUCGUUGUCUGCGGCGAGAUGCCGUACCUAUAAACAACAGCACAAAAGGAAAAGUAUGGGAGACGGAGCGAUACCCCACAUAGUAAUGGGGCUUCACCAUCAUCCAUUGCCCAUGAUCGAAUGCUUAAACACAUUUAAGGAAGAAAAGCUUUUAAAAUCAUUUACUACAUUCAAAGAGCGCCUUUAUGACUUGCAGAAAACCGAAAAGGAGAGGGUUUGCUUUGGGAGAUCUGGCGUACAUGGAUGGGGACUCUUUGCACGCAAAGAAAUUCAAGAAGGAGAAAUGGUUCUUGAGUAUCGUGGUGAACAAGUCAGAGGAAAAGUUGCAGAUUUAAGGGAGGCCCGCUACAAGAAGGAAGGCAAAGACUGCUAUUUGUUUAAGAUAAGUGAAGAGGUAGUAGUUGAUGCCACCUAUAAAGGGAAUAUGGCACGCUUAAUAAAUCACUCGUGCAUGCCAAAUUGCUACGCAAGAAUCAUGAGUGUAGGUGGUGAAGAAAACCGGAUCGUUCUCAUUGCCAAGAUGAAUUUGUCUGUUGGUGAUGAGCUAACGUACGACUAUAUGUUUGAUACUGACGAGUCUGAUGACUUUAAAGUUCCCUGCUACUGUAAAGCGGCAAACUGCCGGAAGUUCAUGAAUUAGGCUAUUCAAUUAUACAAUAAGAGGUGCCAUUCUUUCUCCGUUUUGGAGCCUAGAUCAGUCAUCACAGUUUUUGAUAACCCACUGUAUAGCUUCUUUGAUUUAUACAUCUUUCUUAUGAUCCUAGUUGACAACAAUCACUCUGAUCUCUAGAUUUAGAGGCAGUGUGCUCAGCUAGUCACUCAUCACGAUAUGUUUCAUACAUAUACAUAAUUUCAAAAUUUGAAAUACAAAGCUUCAGAAAAAUAUUACUCCA